GGAGUUAAAUGCUCCAGCCUGCACCCAGCCGGCUCAGGCAGAGAAGCGGCACCAUGGCUGGCAAGAAAGUCUGCAUUGUAGGCUCCGGCAAUUGGGGCUCAGCCAUUGCCAAGAUCGUGGGUGGCAAUGCAGCCCAGCUGGCACAGUUCGACCCGCGAGUGACCAUGUGGGUGUUUGAGGAAGACAUCGGUGGCAAAAAGCUGACAGAGAUCAUCAACACGCAGCACGAGAAUGUCAAAUACCUCCCAGGGCACAAGCUGCCUCCGAACGUGGUGGCCGUCCCAGAUGUGGUCAAGGCUGCGGCUGAUGCCGACAUCCUGAUCUUCGUGGUGCCCCAUCAGUUCAUCGGCAAGAUCUGUGACCAGAUCAAGGGCCACUUGAAGGCCAACGCCAUCGGCAUUUCUCUGAUCAAGGGGGUGGACAAGGGCCCCAAGGGGCUGAAACUCAUCUCUGAAGUGAUUGGGGAGCAUCUGGGCAUCCCGAUGAGCGUGCUGAUGGGUGCCAACAUCGCCAGCGAGGUGGCUGAUGAGAAGUUCUGUGAGACCACCAUUGGCUGCAAGGACCAGGCCCAGGGACAGCUCCUCAAAGAACUGAUGCAGACGCCCAAUUUCCGGAUCACAGUGGUGGAGGAGGUGGACACGGUGGAGAUCUGUGGGGCCUUAAAGAACAUAGUGGCUGUUGGGGCCGGCUUCUGCGACGGGCUAGGCUUCGGAGACAACACCAAGGCGGCGGUGAUCCGGCUGGGGCUCAUGGAGAUGAUCGCCUUCGCCAGGCUCUUCUGCAGUGGCCCCGUGUCGCCCGCCACCUUCUUGGAGAGCUGUGGCGUUGCCGACCUCAUCACUACUUGCUACGGUGGCCGGAACCGCAAAGUGGCUGAGGCCUUUGCUCGCACUGGAAAGUCCAUCGAGCAGCUGGAGAAAGAGAUGCUGAAUGGGCAGAAGCUGCAGGGGCCCCAGACAGCCCAGGAGCUGCACAGCAUCCUGCAGCACAAGGGCGUGGUGGACAAGUUCCCCUUGUUCACGGCUGUGUACAAGGUGUGCUAUGAGGGCCAGCCAGUGGGAGAAUUCAUCCGCUGCCUGCAGAACCAUCCAGAACACGUAUGAGCUGGACCAGCCUCGAGGUCAGGCAGCUGCUUUACUCCAACAGAGAUAAUAAGCUUGGAGGUUGCACAGACCAGGUGGACCCCUCAGGAAGCAGAGUCCCCCCCCCCCCCCUUCAGCUCCUCACUGGAGGACAGGAGGCGGGGCGGGGUUGGCAGCGACGUGCAGCCUGCAGCCUCUUGCCACCACAUCUUGCCAGAAGUGGAGUUGCUCUGCCCCUCUCCCGAUGGGAGCUUCUCCCACUGCGUGCUUUUGGGGCUGUGGCCUAUGGGCUGCCAGUUGCUGCCUCACGAAAGACCAGUGAAGUGGCCAAAGAAGUACCUUAGCCAUCCGAGAGAUGCGGCAGAGGGCAGCCAGGGACGGGGCCUGCGCUCUGGAGCUGCCCGAGGCUCCAGGGGCCCCUUGGCUGCCCUCUCUGCCAGGCCCCACACUGUAUCAAUGGAUCUUAGUGUUUGUUCACAAAAUACAAAGAUCUCAAACAA